UUAUUCUUGAAUAGUAUAUUUAUUUAAUAAUAAAAUAAUUUAUAUUAUACGGCUGCAUUUAUUUAAUGUUCAAACUAUGGAUAAUUCCAAUUUUCCUUAUUCAUUUUAUAAUGAUUUUCAGUGGGAAUAUACAUACAUACAUAGAUAUGUAACGUAGUUAUAUGUAUAGUUUACAAGAUAGUUGGACGUGACGAGAAAUUGACCAUAUUUAUUCGUGAAUUUCGAUUUGUUCAAUCAUAUUUGUUUAUUUCGUUAUUCUUUCUAAAGAUGGAUGUAAUGCACUGGAAUUUGGAGCAACGAUGCUUAGAAAGUACAUUAUCGCUAAAAGACUUACGAGCGAAAUUAUUUCCUGGAAAUGAUCGAAAAUUUGAUCGUGCACCAGUCAUAAGCGAAGACAAAUAUACUCCAAAAACUUUAGAAGGUUAUUGGUUUGAGCGUAGAGCAGUUUAUAUACCUGAAUAUGUCGAGUGGAAAAGUAUUUACGAUACAGAUUACAAAGCUCAUAUUAAUAAAACUUGGAAGGAGAAUCAAAUUGCAAAAUGGGAUAACAAACUUGAGCUCGAGGGUAUGUCUCGAGAGAAAUUAUUGGGUCUGAAAAAGCAAUAUUAUAGCAACAUGACGACAACUUAUGAUUUGUCGUAUAAUAUUUUACCAAAGGGUCUUAAAGGGCCUAGAAAUAGAUCGUAUCAUGCAAGACAAAGAAAAUGGAUUCCAGAACUAGAUCUGACAAAAAGUUAUGGUAAUUUGACACAAUUUGGAUUAAAGGAUGCAAUGGAGGAAGAAAUAUAUAAAAAUUCAGAGGAUGGGAUAGCUGAGUGUCGAUGGCAGACUACUUAUAGAGAAGAAAUUGGCCAACUAACGCCAGUAAAUGUUGAACGAAAUACCCGAUUCAACAGACGUAUAGUGGACUUUAAUGUACCAGAUCUUAAACAUUUCGAACAGAAAUCGUCAGAUAUCGAACGUUGUUUACUUUCGUUUAAAGCUACAAAUUCCAAAUCGAAUGUAAAAUAGAACAACAGGGAGGACAAUGAGAGCCAGGGGAAUAGGGGAAGGGUUAACGAAAAGGGCGGGAGGGGAGCUGUGCGGGGGGUUUUGGACAGCGAGACGUAAAUUAAAUUCAUUGUAAGAACGAAAUAAGAAAUUAUAAAUCAAUAAAAUUGUGAUAUAUCAGAUAAAGAUAUAU